AUGUCCGAGUCGCUGACCGGGAAACGAGGGCGAGAGGAGCAGAACUCUCCUCGACAGCGGAGGAAGAAGAAGGGUCCUGGUGUCGCUGGCGUUCGCUUUUCUGCUGAUUCCGAAUUGGAUAUUGCGUCUGGAUCUGUCGCCUCUAUUCCAAGCACUUCAUCGAUUCCUGCCAAACCAGAAGGGUCCACCUCUCGCUCGAAGCGUCUCACCAAGGGUGCGGAGGCCCGCUGGAAUCAAGAUGAGGAGCUUCCGCCGCCUUUAUCAGGCCAUGCUCCUCAGCCAAUUGCCGAACCUGCAGUGGCAACAACAGAAGAGAUAGAGGAGGUGCCGAAAGAGCGAAAGCAGGGCCAGGCUGCUGCUAUGACCGCCGUGCUACCAUUCCUACCAACCAUCCAAAAGUACAUUCUUGCCGGAUUUGUGCAUCCUGGCCUCGGAGCAGCAAAAUGUGAAUGCGGCUCCCAAGUCUCACCCACCUUCCGCUGUCUGGAUUGUUUCAACUCGCCACUAUGGUGUCAAUCAUGUGUUUGGAAAGCGCACCAGCUUAAUCCUUUUCACCAUAUUGAAAUGUGGGAUGGACAGCGCUUUGUUCCUCGUCUAUACGACCAACCUAUCCCUAUCCACCCUGGCUGUGGUGGCCAAUCUUGUCCGCAUACCAGUCAAGCAUCAAGUCCGCCUCGUACGCCGCUCACCAUUUGUCACGAAAGCGGGCUCCAAGAAGCAACAAUCCAGUGGUGUCAGUGUCCCGAACGAGCAGCCGAGCGCUGGGAGCAGCUUUUGGCUGUUCGACUUUUCCCUGCCACAUUCAAAGAACCUCGAACAGCCUUCACAUUCGGCGUCCUGAAGCAGUUUCAGGUUCAUGCCCUUGCCUCAAAGAAGUCGGCCUACGACUAUAUCAAGGCUCUCUGUCAGCUGACGGACAAUGAGGCACCUGACACUGUAGAGAAACGGUAUCGCGAGUUCCUAUUUGCGUGUCGCCUAUGGCGGUACCUGGCACUUGAACGGCGGACCGGACAGGCGCAUAACUUUGACGUGCAUGUCCCACAUCGCCGCCUUCAGAGUCUGGCUCUCCGCUGUCCUGCCUGUCCUGAAGUUGGAUUCAAUAUUGAUGCAGAGAUGAUCGACAGUGCACCGGAGAACGAAAAGCACAAGUACACCUUGUUCGUUUCUGCCGACGGCAACUUCAAGCUUCAGCGAAAAAAUAAGCGUGAUGAUCUGAACGAUAUUGCACUCAAUGGCGGCAAAGCCUUCUUUGGCCCGAAAGCGGAAACAACAGCAUAUGUGAAGCGGGUCCCCAAGAGCGAGGAUCCCAGAACAUGUUCGCACCUGAAAGCAAGUAAGAUGCAGAACACCGCCAAGUUUAAGAACUGUGUUAUCAGUGGUGUGGUCGCAAUUCAGUGUGCCCGCCAUGGCUUUUACCUACCUCAAGCGAUGAUCGACCUGCUCAAGGGCGAAGGUUUUGCAUUCACCGACUUUGCUCUUUCUUAUGGACUAGGGAAAGAAGCUCAGAGUCUACAUUGGAUUACACUGACAUACGACAUCUGGUGUCAGUACCGCAUCAAGCUCCUCGAGCGAAUCCGCACAAAUUUCCCGGACAUGCUACCAAUAUUCGAAAAGGUUGAUGGAGCGAUUGGUAAACUGCACAUUUUGGGUCACGAAAAAAAGUGCAUCUUUGAAUUCAACCUUAAUCUCCUUUACUUCGUUGGUCUUCUCACUGGGGAGCUGAUUGAAACGGGCUGGGCAGAGCACAAUUUGACUGGUGGAAGCACUCGAGAGAUGAAUGACGGCCAUCGUCACGAUGUCAUUGAUGGAACUUCCGACCAUUGGAACUGGGAUAAGCUUGUACGUCUUGCAACAAGCCUUCGGAACGCAAUGCGUGACGCAAAGAGUCUGGAGCGAACACGACGCGAAAACUUUGAGCAGCUCGAUAAGGCUCUUCGUGAACGUCACCCAGCAGAUGUUCCAAAAUGGAAUGCAAUCUAUGACUCGCGAAAUGUGGGAGAAGGGGGAGCGGUCUUCCAGGUUCAAUUUGGGAAAGAUGGGCCACCGACACACGCAGCACAAUAUAUGAAACUCAUUGAGGAGGAGCCUGCGCUGUCUGAUGGAGAUGCAAGGCGCAAGGGUGACGUUCUGCUAAUCAGCCUUGGCCUUGAGGCGGAAGACUCUCAAGAGAAGAUUAAACGGCUUGUUGCAUUGUCCGCCACCGACUCAACGGUGCUUUCAGCACGACAGAAGCUUGCUAAGGAUAUCACGACUUACCGAACUCGCCUUCUUCGCCGAAUACCUUCGCUUGAAGAGAUGAUGGAUAUAUCCGCAUCCAAUGGAGAUUAG